CUUCACUGAUCCUCUGGUUCUACAGUUAAAACUGUUACAUAGGAGACACUUGACGAGGUGAAUGCUUUGGCACUAGCAACCACCUGCUAAAACAAAGUCUGGGCUUUUCACAACUGGUCAGUGAUGAUUGGGAGAUGAUGGCGAGAAGAUACGAUGCAGGACUGUUGGUGUUUUGCGUGUUUGUGUUCAGCUACAUCUCUGCCUCUCCAGAGGUCUGCACCAAUUCCCUCCUGCCUGGAGCCAAAGGAGAUCCCGGUGAGGUUGGAGAGGAGGGAGAUCAGGGAAAACUGGGCAAGAAUGGACCACCAGGAUUUCCAGGAAUCCCAGGAGAGAAGGGACUCAAAGGAGAGGUGGGCCUCACAGGAAAGAUGGGGCCUAUUGGAGACAAAGGUGAGAAAGGUGAUACUGGUUUGGAUGGGCCCUCUGGUCUAAAAGGGAAACCAGGGACCACAUGUGACUGUGGCAGGUACAGGAAGGUGGUUGGACAGCUGGAUAUCAAUACAGGCAAGCUGAGGAACGCUGUCAAGUUUGUGAAAAAUGUCAUCUUGGGGCUGAAGGAAACAGAAGAGAGGUACUACCUCCUGGUGAAAGAGCUCAAGAGGUUCAGAGAGGCUUCGAUGAACUGCAAGCUAAGAGGCGGCACCCUGGGCAUGCCAAAAACCACCAACACCAACCGUCUGAUGGCGGACUAUGUCAGUUGGGCAGGAUUGACAAGAGUUUACAUAGGAGUGCAGGCUCAAAGCACAGACACAGAUGGAACAAGCACUUAUGUGUAUGCAGACUCCAGCCCCCUUCAGGGGUUUGCAGCCUGGAGUCAAGAGGAGGAGCUAAAUUCCAGAUUAACCACAAACUCCAGCUGCGUGGAGCUGCUCAGCACUGGAACAUGGGGUCAUGUGGAGUGUGAGGCCACCAUGUUUUUCAUCUGUGAGUUCCCCAAGAGCAGGAGAAGAGGAGGAGGAAGAGGAAUACCUGCUGCCUCAGCAUCAUGAUAAGUUAAUGAUGAGAUAUAUAUAUAUAUAUAUAUAUAUAUAUGUUUACAUACAUACAUAGAUACAUAUAUCACUCUGUUCUGAUUUGCCCAUUUGCCAACAAUGUUUUGUUUAACACUAGAGGAAAAUAACAUACCAUGAAAAAUUCCAUUAAAUUUGAUUUGUGAUGCUGUCAGCCUUGCAUUCAGGUGUUAGUUGAGGGUGGUAGAGCUGCUCUGUUGAAUUUUUAGGUCAUCAGUGGCUCCUCUGUUUCUUUAUGUGGUAGAGGGCAAACAGCGCUCACGCUGUGUGCUCCCCAUCUUAGUGUGCAUUUGUACCAUAGGAAAACUUACCAGAACUCCUGGUUUUCCUCACUUUUCCUCUUCCAUGUGUACAUGAACGGGAAUCCAUCUAGAUAAACACAAAAUGUUCCCUUAGUUUAGUAAGCCCUUUAUUCACUUCAGUUAGCUCUGCUGCUUUAGUGCUGGAUCAGAAGGAACAAACUAAACUUCUCUACCGGUACUUUGGGGAGCCAGCUCUAUUUGUUGAAGGAAGCUGUGGCAUGUGACUAACAGCUCUGAAAGUGCUGGUAAACAUAUCAUUUAUUACCCCUUGUUUGUUAUAUGCAGUUUGCUAUGAACAAGAAGAAUAAAGUGUACAAAAGCACAGUAUGAGCUACUUUUCCCUUCUCUUUGGUUCUGUAUAACCUGAAUGUCUACAUGGCAAACUUGUCAUAAGGAGGAGGGUUGCUAGGAGGGUAACAGGGGAUGGGACCCAAAUACAGAAACCAGAGGCUAAGAGAAAGGCCACGCAAAUGCAAAAGACGCAACACAAACACAAAGCGAAUACAGUUCAGUGAUUUUUAUUUCUAAAAAGAGGUUCAAAAGCUUACAGGAUGGUGAGGCAGGCAAGGGUCAAAACCAGAGAGGGCAGUCCAAAACAGGUCCAGUAAUGCACAGGCAGGAAUCCAGAGUCCAACAAACAAGCAAUAGGUCAAAACAGAGGUAAGG